UAAUCGUAGCAAUCAUGCCUGAACCAGCGAAAGCCGCGCCUAAGAAGGGCUCUAAGAAAGCCGUCACUAAAACCGCCGGUAAAGGAGGAAAGAAGCGUAAGAGGACCAGGAAGGAGAGCUAUGCUAUCUACGUGUACAAGGUGUUAAAGCAGGUCCAUCCCGACACUGGAAUCUCCUCCAAGGCAAUGGGUAUCAUGAACUCGUUCGUUAACGACAUCUUCGAGCGCAUCGCCGGUGAGGCGUCUCGUCUCGCUCAUUACAACAAGCGCUCCACCAUCACCUCCAGAGAGAUCCAGACCGCCGUGCGUCUCUUACUGCCCGGGGAGCUGGCCAAACACGCCGUGUCUGAGGGCACAAAGGCCGUCACCAAGUACACCAGCUCCAAGUAAAGCGCUGAAUCCUCUACAGCUACCCCAAAGGCUCUUUUAAGAGCCACCCAUAUUUUCCCUAAAGAGGUUCCGUUAUUGCAUAUUUAGCGUAGGUGUUAUCUAAACAGGAACGUUUUAUUAACUGAUUUAUUGGUUAUGGUUAUUGUAAACGGAAACCUGAAUGAAUGAAUAUUUGCUGCCUGAACGUGUGUGUGUGUGUGUGUGUGUAUGCUGGCGAAUAGUAUCGUCUACUGCAAUGCAGAUUAAACCCAAGCCCACUGUCUUAAUGUAAAGCAACUGAGCAUUAGUCACAUUAUUAUUAUAAUAAUAAAUCCUAUUUAAUACGUUUAUUAACAUUUUUACGUAUUGUGAUUCGUAAAUUGACGCAUAUCCCGUUCAUGAUCACUAGUCUGCAGACGGAAUGUGGCCAGGAUGGGACAUCUUACUAUCACUUUCCCAAUCUGCGUGUAAUAAAGCAGAGUGCAAUCGAGUUACUGGUUCUGCUCUGAAGGGAGCACAUCCACUCUUCUGCAGAAACCAAGGAAGAUAUUGAUGGGCUUGUUUAUUUUUGCAUAUCAGUGUAUGAUCAU